UGUUAGGACAACGCAGUGCAGAACACUUGGACUUCAAAACUACAAGUGUACCCCUUUAAAGUUGGAUGGGCUCCUGUUUUCUUCUGUUUCCGCCAAACAGCUGCGAGCUGCCUCAACUCUGCAAGGGACUGACCCGUGGUUCCGCAUGUGGUCUUUGUGAGAAUCGCAUGACCGCGGUUACAAACACUUCAUCAAGCAACAGAAAGUCACACUGAAACGAAAACAGUUUUAAGUAAAGAAUCCAAUUGCACAUUGGACAGCGUCAUACCGCUCCUCAGCUAUGACAUUGAAUUAUACACGUUUUUCAGAUGUCCUGACUGAUCAACACUACAGUCAUGCUUUUGUUCAGUAGCGAAAAGUAAGAUGACUGUCUGCUCCGACAUUACAUGCGUGGAACGAGGAACGUAAAGAAAUCACCACAUUCACACUCCUAUUAUGUAUUCUGCAAACAACACGUAUGCAGAAGCCCUGUGCUGGAUUGAAGCGAGUUGAGUGACAGGAACACGGGGCUAUUUUAGGCAGAGCGAAUCUCCGCUUUCUCUCAGGGCAGCCCUGCGAAUAAAUAAGGCAGGAAUAUCUGAUGGUUUUGGAAGUAACGUGAUACAUCAUACAUACUGGCAGCUUUGCAGAUCAGGAUAAAUAGUCCGCCUACCUCGGCAUUGCUUUGCUUUCUGAUCGGUAAUAUUGUUCAAAACUGUUAAGUCGGUUCAAUGUUUUCCGGUAAAUCUGCCAAAAGACUGGUUUACAUCGCAUGCAUAUGCAUUUAUCCAGUUUAUUUAAACCAUUAUGUGUAAUUAAAUGGUAUAUAAGGAUAAGGCUAUACUGAAAUAUCUAAAAUCAUUAAAACCGUAAUCUUUAUAUAACGGAAUGGGUUUUUUUUCUGCUACCUCAACAAACAUCUUUCAUUUUACCUAAUUGAAGUCAGGGCCCAAUGCAGAAGACGCGGAACAUGUGUGAAGCAGGAAGGGGCGAGAAGCGGCGCUGACGCGCCCGCAGCCGAAGUGCAAACAACCACCCGGACUUCGCUAUCGCCGGCCGGCCGAGCGCAGCUCCGUCAUCGUCGGGUAAUAAGGAGUGGUGGAGCUGGAGGACAGCCAGGGCGGUGACGAUGGCCGAGUGCCCGAGCGCGCCUCAGCUCAGGUGUGGAGUCUGCCAGCGGCCACCCAGCGUGCCUGUCAUGCUGUCAUGCUGGCAUUCCUUCUGCCUGGGCUGCAUAGAGCGCGUGUGGUGCCAGGUGCCCAGACUGGAUCACGGCUGCCCAUUGUGCCUGAAUGUCCCUCUACCCCCCAGCGCCUCAUCCCCGCUGGCUUCCCCCUCCAGCGUACUCUGCGAUUUUUGCCUGGGCGAUCGGCCCGCAGCAUCCAAGACCUGCCUGACCUGCCUGGCCUCCUUCUGCGAGGAGCACCUGCAGCCGCAUCUCUCGUCGGAGAUGUUCCGCGGGCACCGCCUGGCCGAGCCCAGCGCCGACCUGAGCGCCCGGUGCUGCGCGGAGCACGGCAAGGCGCUGGAGAUGUUCUGCCGCGACUGCCGAAUGUGUGUGUGCAGCAUGUGCCCCAUCCUGGGCCGGCACCAGGGCCACCGCGUCAAACUCGUGGACCAGGAGGCUGUAGAGAAACGGAAUCUACUUAAGAUUUGCCAGAACAGACUGAGCUGCAAGACCAAACAGGAACAGGCCAAUAUUAACCAGAUCCAGAAGGCCUCUGAGGAGCUGAAGGUCUUGGUGAGACACUGCAGCAUCUGGCUGACGCAGCAGUUCACUGAAGUGCGCCUCCUGCUGGACGAGGAGGAGAAGGCAGCCAAGGAGCUGGUGGAGUCCCAGAGCCAGGCGGUGCUGCAGGCGUUUGGGGAGCAGGGGCAGGCCUGCCGUGAGCGAAUCCAGGCCUCCGACGAGUUUGCCCUGCGGGUUAAUGAGAUCUACAAGGAGGAUGAUACCGUGCAGCUAUUAAAGGAUUUCACCGCAGCAGAAGCAGACAUGCAGCUUCACCAGCAGCCCGCCGACCAGAUUCACCCGGUGCCUCUGAACUUUGACCCUUUGCACACUUACGUUGGCUGCUUCCACAAAGCCCUGAAGACCAUCCUGAAGAAGCCAGUGGAGCAGCGCAUCACGAAGGGUCUGAGCAGCGGGCCGGACGCCAAGCAGGUGCAGACGCUGAUCCACAGGACGAAGAGCACCGGGGACAAGCUCACCUUUCUGCGAUAUGCACGAUCACCGAUCCUGGACCCGGACACUGCGCACCCUCGCCUGCGUGUCUCGCCGACCUGGGAGACCGUCAGCAAGGCCUGGAUGAGACGCUCCUGCUCGGACGGACCCCAGCGCUUCGACCGCCUGCUGCAGGUGCUGGCUCGAGAGUCCUACUUCGCCGGCCGCCAUUACUGGGAGGUGGACGUCCGUCUGGCCGGCCAGGGCUGGUGGGUGGGCGUGGCCUAUCGCUCCAUGGUGCGCAGGGGCGACUCUGAAUCUUCACGCCUGGGCUGCAACGCCUCUUCCUGGUGCCUCAAACGCUUCGAUCUGGAGUACUGGGCCUUCCACAACAGCACACGGGAGCCUGUGUUCCUGGAGCAGGAUCCGGAACGCUUGGGCGUCUUCCUGGACUAUGAGGCAGGGACUCUUAGCUUCUAUGACGCGCUGUCUGGGAUGAGGCACCUGCACACCUUCCAGGCAAGGUUCACCGAGCCACUGUACCCCACCCUGCGUCUGUGGGAGGGGCCCAUCUCACUCUGCAAACUGACGUGAUAAUUGUGGGGGGAGGGGGAGGCUUCUUCCAGAAGCUUGUGCCUUUCGGACAGGGCUGUGAGCUCAGCAUCUUUUAAAAAGUGACCAACCAGAACACACACUGGAGCCCUGCGUCAUGUGUCAGCUUCUCCACUAGAGGGCACCGACAAGCAUUAUCCACACAUUCAAACGGAGGACACCAUGUAAAUUGCAAUACUCAAUAUUUAUGCAUAGCUGUGUUUAACAGUAAUUGACCUACUACUCUGUAAAUGGAUGUAUUUUUGUUCCCCACAUAGUAGGAAGCAAUUAUGCGUUCAAAUAAGCAUGAUUGAUGUCAGUAUCCUUUAGUACAAAAGCCUGAAUACACUGACAGAAUCAUUGAAUAUGAGAAACAACAGAAUAACUGACAAGUCACUUUUAGUAGUUUAACAAUAACCUGACCACUAUGCAUAUUGAUUCACUGAAUGACUGUGUUACACAUAGAUGGCAUCCUGUUGAUCUUAAAUGUGUUUUCACAUACAUAUUGUAAAUAAACCACACUCAGUCCUCCAAAAGUUCAUUUGAAACACUGAGUUCAUUUGAAAAGGACUCAUUUCACUUUCAGCUCCACUUCAGCUCUUUCUGUUCACACUAUCGUUACCAGCAGCCAUAGUUCUGUCAUUUUUUUUUUUUGAGCACUGCAGUGCGAUAGCAUAUGACCUGUCUACGGCAAGCCUAGAGGGCUAAAAUACAUGGCAAAAGGAGACGGGAACCUGGAGCGCUUUGUGUUCACCAUGUACAGGUUAAACGAACCGCAACGCAGACUUGAAGCUCAGUUUGUUUCAGAGCGUCGUUUGGAACCUUCACAUAUGCAAAUGGUCGCUAUUGCAAAAUAAUGCAACUUGCACAUCUACUAACUGUAGUUUGCUUAACACUAUUUCUGUCAAUUUCAUUCCUAAAAUAAACUUUUAAAAGUAAA